AUGGCGGAUCCAAGGGGGAUCGAGAUCGUGGUGGGGCAGGAUGCCCCUUUUUCGACGCCAAAGCGUCCGAGUAGGGUAGUGAAGCCUACGAGCAAGGUCCGAGACACGGCGCGACAAUUGGAGGAUACUACCACAGAAACGCGACGAAACACCCGACAGACGACACGAAACGUACCGGCCGAUGAACAGGUCGACCGACCGACCGAUGCCAGAAAAAGUAGCGGCAGCAGUAGCAGCAGCGGCAGCGAUGGAAGGGUAAUGCUGCAGAAGGCGCUGGAUCUCCUGGCAGAGUCGCGCAGGGAGACCAAGAGGCUGCAGGAAGCGCUGAAGGAACAGAUGGAGAUGACCAGGGAACUUAAAGAAGCUGUUACAAAGCAGGAACAGACAGUGCACGAGAUGGGCAAGCAGAUGGUCGAGAUGAAGGAACGGAUGACCGAGGAACUACAGCGGGGCCGUGAGCAGCUCGAAACUAUCGCUACGAAUGCAACGGAUGGACCUCACCGGUCAUAUGCUGACGUGACACGACUAACGCCGUCUUUACCCCAUAACGAUUCAAGGACCUUAGCCACUCCUCCGAACCCCACAGACGUGCUUUACUGCACGAUUGAUGUUUCAAGACUAGGAGAAGAUGAGGCUAGGCUCUCAACCGGAACGAUCCGAACAACAGUGGAGAACGUAGUCCGCUCCGAACUGAAUAAUCCCACGUGGCGAUGCCGAGCGGUGACUAAGGACCUAAAGAAUCCCUACCGCGUCAGGGUCACCUGCAGAGACGAGAGCGAGCAUGAGAUUGUAAAACGCGUAGCGGAAACAAAACUAGCCCCAGGAGCCCGUAUCCUACGAGACGAUCUGUACCCUUUUAAACUAGUAUUUUAG